UCCUACACGCCGAGGAACAAGGUCGUGAGAAGGGGAGGACUUGGUGGUGCUGCCAUUUCUACGGUCUUAGGGCUCUGCCCCUUUCGCAGAACUUCCAACAGCGCCAUGUUGGGACAGAGCGUCCGGAGGUUCACAACCUCUGUGGUCCGUAGGAGCCACUAUGAGGAAGGCCCAGGGAAGAAUUUGCCAUUUUCAGUGGAAAACAAGUGGCGAUUACUACUUAUGAUGACUUUGUACUUUGGAUCUGGAUUUGCUGCACCUUUUUUUAUAGUAAGACAUCAGCUACUUAAGAAAUAAGGAUGUUUUAAUUACUCCAUCAAACAGAUGUGAAAAGGAACAUUUUAAGAGGUGCAGUCUCUUUGAAAAAUGGGUCAAACUCUUGUUUUCAACAUACUCAAUAUGUUUGUAAAUAAACUUAUGGCAUGCAUCCUUAAUGCCUCUUCUCUGAAACAUGGAA